CCUGGAGGCAGCGGCUUGGGCGCGCGGAGCGGCCGCGGCUCCCCCGCACCUGCGGCCAUGGAUGAGGAGCGCGCCCUGUACAUCGUCCGGGUCGGCGAGGCGGGGGCUAUCGAGCGGGUCCUGAGGGAUUACAGCGAUAAGCAUAGGGCUACUUUCAAAUUUGAACCAACAGAUGAAGAUAAAAGAAAGAAACUCUGUGAAGGCAUAUUUAAAGUUCUUAUAAAGGACAUCCCAACAACAUGUCAAGUGUCCUGCCUGGAAGUUCUCCGCAUUCUCUCCAGAGACAAAAAGGUUUUAGUUCCUGUAACAACCAAGGAAAACAUGCAGAUACUGCUGCGACUAGCGAAGCUGAAUGAGUCAGAUGAUUCUUUGGAGAAGGUGUCAGAGUUCCCAGUUAUUGUGGAGUCAUUAAAAUGUCUGUGUAACAUAGUGUUCAACAGUCAGAUGGCACAGCAGCUCAGCCUGGAACUUAACCUUGCUGCAAAGCUCUGUAACCUCCUGAGAAAGUGCAAGGACCGAAAGUUUAUCAAUGACAUUAAGUGCUUUGACUUGCGCUUGCUCUUUGUCCUGUCACUUUUGCACACCGACAUCAGGUCACAAUUGCGCUACGAGCUCCAGGGACUACCGCUGCUAACCCAGAUCUUGGAAAGUGCCUUUAGCAUCAAGUGGACCGAUGAGUAUGAGUCGGCCAUAGACCAUAAUGGACCUCCUCUCUCACCUCAGGAGACAGACUGUGCCAUUGAGGCCCUCAAAGCUCUCUUCAAUGUGACAGUAGACAGUUGGAAGGUGCAUAAAGAGAGUGAUUCUCAUCAGUUCCGUGUCAUGGCAGCUGUCCUUCGCCAUUGUUUACUAAUCGCAGGUCCAACUGAAGACAAAACAGAAGAGCUGCACAGCAAUGCAGUCAACCUUUUAAGCAAUGUUCCAGUCUCUUGUUUGGAUGUUCUCAUUUGUCCAUUAACCCAUGAAGAAACAGCCCAAGAGGCAACGACUCUAGAUGAACUGCCCAGUGAUAAAACAGCUGAGAAAGAAACAGUUUUGAAAAACAAUACCAUGGUAUACAAUGGUAUGAAUAUGGAGGCCAUUCAUGUUUUACUCAGUUUUAUGGAGAAGAGAAUAGACAAGGGAAGCAGCUAUAGAGAGGGCCUAACUCCAGUUCUCAGCUUAUUAACAGAAUGUUCCCGGGCCCAUCGAAACAUCAGAAAAUAUCUCAAAGAUCAGGUUUUACCACCAUUGAGGGAUGUGACAAAUCGACCUGAAGUUGGCUCAACUGUGAGAAAUAAGCUGGUGCGCCUCAUGACACAUGUUGACCUUGGAGUCAAACAAAUUGCUGCUGAAUUCCUUUUUGUCCUUUGCAAGGAGAGAGUGGACAGCCUGCUGAAGUACACUGGCUACGGGAAUGCCGCGGGGCUGCUGGCGGCCAGGGGCCUCUUGGCCGGCGGGAGAGGAGACACCUGGUACUCGGAGGACGAAGACACGGACACCGAGGAGUACAGGAGCGCGAAGCCCAGCAUUAAUCUUAUCACUGGUCAUUUAGAGGAACCAAUGCCAAACCUUAUAGAUGAAAUGACAGAAGAACAAAAAGAAUAUGAAGCCAUGAAACUUGUCAACAUGCUUGAUAAACUUUCCAGGAGAGCAGAUGUGAAGGACCUGCACCAGGAUGGUGGUUAGCAACAGUGGCCCGUGCCAAUGCACUUACCAAAGUGAUGACUAAGGUUGGUCAUGCCAGAUACUAUUACUGAGCCUGGUGUAGGGCACAAAUGACAUUCACUACCACAACUGUAAGACCACCAAUGCGGAAACUUAAAUUACAUUUUCGUUUUGCCUCCAUGCUGGACGUAGCCACUGCCUCAAGGAGCUCACCUCUUAGCAGCUUUACCUCACCUAGAUUUCCAAGGACACUGGAGAGAUUAGUGCUCAAACAUUUUAUUCCCAUCAAAUACCAACUGACUUAGUAGUAUUUCAAGUGGUUGGUUUGUUUGUUUUUAAGUAUAAGGAUUAUUUGUGACAGAUGUAGGUAAGGGGAUUGGCAGUGGACCUGGAGGUCUUAAGAGUGUGAGAAUAAUCUGAGCCCUAUUAAUCCCAUCAUGUCUAGCUAUACAGUGCCUUGUACCCUGUGGUUUCCCCAGUGUGUGAGAAAAUAACACAGCUGAUCCCCAAAUCUGAAGAUCAGUUUUCUGCUCUAUAAAAUAGCCUAUAUGGUUUAAGACUUUAAGUAUACUUUUGGCAGUUCCAUUUCUUGGCCAAAUGCCAUAAAAUUCAGGGUUAGAAAAGAAUUCCAUAAAGGUUCUUUGGCCCGUGACUGGCUAAUUUAAAUAUAUGGGUACAUAAUUCCUUUAAUAUAGAAAGAUAAUUAUAAUAUUUAUGAAACAUAAGCAUUAAGACUUGAGGCAUGAGAUUAUAAAAAGCUUCAUUUGACAGUUUUAAUGUCGGAGCAGAGGUGGAAAAGGGGAUGAAACUUGCCUGCCUCUCCACCUCAUCUAUCUUUCUCUGAACUGGAAAAAAAUAAGCCCCUGCAAUUUAAGCAGGAGAUUAGAAUGGGGAUUGUGUGUGGUUAAGCAAGUCCAGUGUGGCUAAUACAAUUGCAUUCACCUUAGUUACAGCACACAACUCGUAUAUAAUAAUGCAGCCUCCUCCAGAAAAGGAGAGAGAGGCUUGAUUGGCUUAAGUUUAAACUAACCAAGGGAAAUAAUAUUUCAAGUUUGUUUUGACUUUUCUAAUCCCCUUUAGUUCCUUAGUUGGAACCAGUACUUAUUAAUCUUAUACUCCACCCAUACCCCAUCACUGUUUAACAAGGUACAUUGCCUUUUUGCAUAUAUAUUCUAUCAAAAUCCUCUAAAAUUUAUUUAUAUAAAUAAAUAAUAGUUUUCCCAUUUCUUCCUUCUCUUAUCUACUCCUUAUUUAUCCAUUUAUUCACUCAUUUAUUUAUUUAUUGCCAGUCACUGUGUAGUUUCUGGGACAUGGCUUUCUUAAUAAAUGCAGGUAUUAAAUAUGGAAUAGUUCCUUUUAAUACAAAGAUUAUUUUUAAACUUACUAAAGCUGAGACAGGUGACUUAUGACUGAAAAGUAAUAUACAGUUUUUUCCUUAUAAAUAAGUUACUUUGCUCUGCUUACAAGAAUAACAACUGUGAUUACACCCAUCUUUUUGAAGUUAGUCAAGGAAAUGUUUUUCAGAUACAUUUCAGAAAUGUGGUCCAAUCUUUGGAGCAUUGUGAGAGCCAUUGUAGGAACUGAAGUAUAAAGAUCUUAAUUGUUUACAUCAGAAAAUCCUUUAGCUCUCCUCUGUCUAAUAUGGUAACCACCAGCCGUAUAUGACCAUUGAGCACUUGAGAAGUGGUUAGUCUGAAGUGGGAUAUCCUUUAAGUGUUACAUACUCAGACUUUCAAAGACUCAGUACAAAAAGAAUUAAAAUAUCUCAACUGUUUAAUAUAGAUUUUACAUUGAAAUAAUAUUUUUGAUACAUUGGGUUAAACAAAAUAUACUAAAAGUAACUUACCUAUCUUUUCUUACUUUUUCAGUGUGGCUACUAGAACAUUUAAGAUUACGUAUGUGGCUUACAUUUUGUAGCUUACAUUAUAUUUCCAUUAGAUAGCACUAUUUCACAUCAUUAACAUACACUGUAAGGCUGCAUGGAAGUUAAAUUAAGGGAACUUGGAUCUAGUUAAAUUAAUGUACCUUUAAAGUGGCAGGUGAGGAUUAAUUUGAGAAACUUGAUAUUGUAUAUUAUUAGGUUAUAGAGGGACUGCCCUUUGGCUAGACCGCCCUUGGGGAAGGUAUCAUGCCACCUCUGUAUGGCCGGCCAGUAGUCAUUGCCCUCUAACUCUUAAGCACUAGCUGAAACAGCUUCUGGCUAUUAGAGAAACAUCAAAUAAGAGUAACCCCCACUGGCUGUUUGCUCCCAUAGUUACCUUCUUCGUUUGACUUUUCAGCCUUUCUACCUGGGAAAGACAUGUAAGAACUUCUCUUUCUACUGCUUUAGUCAACAGUGUCAGUUGUCAUGCUGACUUCUUAUUAAUAUUUAUUUCGCUAAUUUGGACAAUAAGAUAGAAAAAUUCUUUAAAGAAAUUACCAGGAAAUAAUAAAGAACACCUUAAGGAAAAAACUGAAUUUUAUUCCCCAGCAAUAUCCCUAACCUCGGUCUCUGUAUUUUAACCUUGCUGUUUAAUGUGAGGUGGGUAGCAAACUUCUAGAAGCUUUGCAUGUGAUCUUCUAACAGUAUUGAGAACAAUAAUAAAAGACUAAUAUUUCUGUAGUGCUUUAAAGUUUUUAAAAAGUGCUUCCCUAUACAUUAUCUCCAUUGGUCAUUAAAACAGCCCUGUGACUUAGAUAGGGAAAGAGGUGUUUUACUGAAGAGUAGAUGGGACCAGUGAUUACAUGACUGACCCAAGAUCGGGCAUCCCGUUAAUGCACAGCCAGGACUCAAUUCUCAGUCUUCAGACUCCAGAUCAUAUGUUAUUUUGAAAAUUACCAACACCUCUUCAAAAUUUAUCAGUCUGAUUAUUUUUAAUAAGACAUUCUAAAUUUUAAACAAGUGCAAAGCAUAAAGACAGAUAGUAAGCAUAUUUACCUGAGAAUUAAGAUCUGGAGGACGUGUAUGCUGCUCUUUCAUUCUAUAACUGGUUUGAGCUCUUUUCAAAUAUCAGAUCAGAGCUAAAUAAAUAGCCUAUGUUAAAAAGACACACAAAAAAAACAGCUUUAUAGAGAAGAAACCAGUAAAAUUGCUGUGAUUCUAUGCUACUAUAAGGCCUCUUUUUUAAGUUAAAGUCUGAGUUUUGAAAAGAGUGAUUAUAAGUAUUGUAAAAAUUCUUUUAUUUAGUAUGAUCACAUUAAGAAAACUAAACUUUAACAAGGCUUCCCUUUGUGACUGUUUAGGCCCCUCCCAACUGCCUUCACAAAAUGGAAGGACGUGGUGGACAGUACGCCAUAUCCAUUUGUCUGGGGAAUGGUAUUUUUAUGCUACAUGUUUAACCUUCCCGAAUGUACCCAAUCCCAAAGCAUGAAAGAGGCAGCCUGAAUUUGCUGUGGAAAAGCCACCAUAUACCUCCCACCUACUGGGUUAGUGACUUAGUGAGAAAUCAGUAUAACCAGUCAGUACUAGGAAGCCAUUAGACGAAAGACGUAAGGGGAAGUGAAGGAUCAGGGUCCAAAGGACAUUUUCACAGCAUGUAACUGAAUAUGUUAACCAGAGCCAAAGGUGGUAAUGUUAUUUCUAUGAGAAAAAAGGGGAGAGGGGUUAAAAAUCACUAUGAGCAUAUCACAACUAUUGGGAAAAUCCAUUGUACUUCAGUGAAUAAUGGGCUAUUCUAGUGAUGCUGAAAUCUUGAAAUAAGAUGCACUUUCAGACUUGGAAUUAGAGCAAAGAUUACAGAACUACUUUCUCCAGGCUAUCACAGGCUUCAUUCUUGCAGGCAUUUUUGGAAAAGCUCUGUGUUAAUUAAAAGGCUUUAUUUAUAUACCAGUUUCUCAUCCUAUCUUUCAAAUGUGAAAAGGAAUUAAAUAUGAAAUGGCUAAUUUAAAAUGUCAGGGUUCUUUUUUCCAAGCCAACCUUGCAUUAAGAGCAGGAAUCCCUGUGCCAAAGAAAUGGUUCCCAAUUAUCCCAUCCUGGGUUUUGUUAUACAUUGUACAGAAGUCAACAAAACAAGUAUGUAACAGAACCUGCCUAAAUAACAGCCACCCUCAUUAAAAACAGAAAAUUAAUCAGGGGGUGAUUGAAGGAAGCAAUGCCUCAUAGGUUCCCCCUUUUCUUCCUUUCUAAUCAUAGAACAAAAUAUGUUACAUAAAAGGAUCGGAACUAUUAUGCAGUACUCAAUUAGAGGGAGGUGAAUAGGUCUCUAACGUGCUGUUUUAUCAAAAGAGCAGACCGGUGUUUGCAUGACUGUUGUUUCAUUACAGACCCUGUCAUUAAUUCCAUGUGUCAAUACUGCCCUGUAGUACACAGAGCAGACAAGAAAGAAGAGCCCUUGAAAACAAGGGAAUGAUUUUUGAGUCGUUACCAAGCUAAGUGGCAAGCGGGAAGCUGAAACUCGUAUAGGUAAAUUCGAAGGGACUCUCGGGAGAUCUGCAAGUGGGAAACAAGAAUGCAUUUUACCAACUGCUUGAUUGUGUCCUGUUUUUCAACAAGUACACUUGAAUUGAAUGCUUUGUUUGUAUUGCACAACAACGUGCUGUGGGCAAGAGUAUUCUUUUGCUUCCAGGUCAAGUAAGGUGUUUUAUACACAUACACAUCUGGCCUCUUCUAUAAUGUGCUAUUGGGUAUAUUAGCACCUGAACCCCAAUACUGCACUGUAACUUCUGGGGGAAAGAGUUACAUAGGUACCAGAAGCCCUGAAAAGUGGAACCUUCUCUAAGGUUCUCAGAAGUUAUAUAAGCCCAGGCAUCCCAGAGGACCAUACUUGCAGGGAAUGGUGGCUCAGGAAAAUGCUAAAAUAUAUCUGGAAAAAAAGAAACAUACCAGAAAAUUUAAAAUAUGGUGUAAAUCCCAUAAUCUCCCACCCCUAAAUCUUUAAGAAAAAAGUAUUUUUUUGGUUUCCAUGAGCAGUCCCAAGGGCUAGGCUGGGGCAAAAUAAGGUUUCCUUUCUUGGACGUGCUUUGUCUGUGUCCUCGUGCCUGGCCAAACCCUUAUAGAUUAUGGUUCCUUAUCGUUUAGUAAGAUCAAAUUUCUAAAUGAUGUUUCGUUCCAGUUGAACAUUCUUGGAGGCUUAUCUCUUCCCUGGCCAGAUGCCUGAUCAGAUGAGAAGCCCGCCAUGAUACUGUCACAGUGCCUAGAAUGGGCUCUUUAUCCAGUAGACAUCACUGUACUUUUUGAUGAUAACGAGGGCAGUCUUAACUUGUGUUAAGGCCUGUGUAUAGCAUUGAAGGUAAGUAUGAAGGAGUUGUUGCUAUGUGACUAUCUUAAUCCUGAUGCACAUUUCAAUAUACAAUAUCUCUGUUUAACCAUGAUGUACAUAUAUCUGACACCCUUAGAUGGGACCUUCAUCACUUAGGACCAGUAACUCUUCAUGAAAUGGCCUAUUUAUUGGGGGCCAUGACUGAAUUUAGACCCUUCCACGUGACCUUUGCCAUUGCUUUGAUUUACUUGUUAAUCAUUCUAACCAUCUGCGAUAGUUUUGCAGAAAGGAUUUCUGGUCUUGGUGUAUGUCAGCAACAAUUAGGUAGGAUGCUGUGUUUGACUCUUAGGCUUAGAUUAUAUUAAUUAAAAACAAAGGCUUAGCAGUAUUAAAAACCUAGCCAUUUUUUAAGUAGAUCAAAAUUAUUUAGUAGCCUAAUACUUUAGACUCUUAGAAGUAGAAUAGAGUCUUAGGGAUCAUCUUGUCCAACCCCUUCGUUUUAUAGAUGGGGAGACUUAAGCCCAGAUAAGGAAAUGACUUGCCCAAGGACACCCAGCAAGUUAGUGGGAGACCUGAAAUUAGAAUCUAGACCCCCUAAUGCCCCAUAUAGAAAAAGCUGAACCUACACCAUUUAGUGGUUGGGGGCUCCAGGCUGUACGGUGCAAAGGGGGCUGGACUUCUGCUGGACGUCACAAUGUCUCAUCGGGGAAAUAAUUACAGUUAAAAUAAUAUGAGAAUGAUGCCUGACAAAUGGUUCUCUACCACUCUCCAUUUAUGCUAUGACCCAUGUAUUAUAUUCUCUCAGUAAACGUGUACUGAGCACCAACUGUGUUCUCCAUCUUACACUAGAAACUCAGGUCACAGCCAGGUAAGACAUGGACUCUGCCCUCAAGUUGCUCCCAGUCUAGUAGAGAACGAGAAACCCCUGGAAAGAAUUUCCCGUAGGAUGCUAACAAUGCCUCUCCUAGCUCUGUGGAUCUUGAGGGUGCAAGUGAGUCUUUUACCCAAAGAUCUAGCUUUUCUCUUGGUCGUGCUCUGUUUUUUAGGAGGCCCAUAGAACACCAUACCGUUCCUUUCUGUGUAAAUGAAAGGUGAUACCAACUGCAACUAAGUUAGUUCAUCAACACUUAUUGAGGAUCUGCUAUCUGCAAGGCACUGUGCUAGACACUAGGGAUGUGAAAAUUAAAGCCUGCAACACUUUCUUUUUAGUAUGUCAGUGAUACUGUUUCAUAGCUUCCAAACUUUGUAAUGAGAAUUAUUUUCAAUAAAAAUAUUCUUAAAUGUGGGGCCCUUGAAUGAGAAGGCAAAGAUACCUCCGUACUGUAGUCCAGACUUGCCAGCCUAGGAUUUCGAAGUCUCCUUUGAGAUUCUCUUUCACACCCCAUAUCUGUUUUGAGCUUUUUUUUUUCCUUUACUUCAGCCAAGCCAGCCUGUUUGCCAGUCCCUGCACACAACUAACUCUUGCUUCUGUGCCUCUGCUUGACUAAUUCUUCUGCUUUGGGAUGCCUUUCUCCCCAUGAGUCCAUGUGCAUCACUGCCAUUAUGGUCUGGCCCUGCGUCCAUCUCCUGCAAGGAGCCUGUGAGCAGCCUCCCGUCUCCUGUGUCCCUCCCACGCGUACAUAUGACUGGUGGAGCAACAUUUCUGUGGUCUUCAUUAAUGCCUCCCAUUCUCUGUCCACAUCUUGCUGAUCUAGAUACAACAGAGUUGACAAAGUGAAACAGUCUAAUAUAACCAGGUCAUUUAUCAGACAUUUUAGGAGUGAGUCUCUAUAGCAAAGAUUUCA